UUAAAACUAAUUUAAUGAAGCAUAAACAUUAAUGAAUCAGUAAUGGCCUUAACUAGUUCUGCUUCAACUACAUCGGUCUGAUUGUUCCACUUUUAUUUUGACACUUCAGUAAAGGAUCUUACUACUUCCUGCUCCACUGAUGACGACAACAACAACAAUACUAACGAUGAUGUGAUGGCAGUAGCGGCGUCACGUGACAUCAGGUCGUUGUUUCAUUAUGAAACAUAGACUCAGGUUCAGCAGGUGGAGCAGCUCGUCCUCUGAAUGUCGGUGGUUUGAUUCUCGUGUGUUGAUGUGAAGAUCCUGCAGUUCUCUGUAUCGUCAGUGUGUGUGGAGACGGACAGAGAGCACGCGCUGCAUGACCAGGUGCAUCAGCAUGCAGCAGAUCUACAGACACUCUGAUGAGCAGUUUGAGAUUUAUACCACCGUCUUCUCCCCCCAAGUGUGCAGGUCGAGGACGAGGACGAGGACGAGACAUGUGGAGGCUGAGAAGGUUGUGGUAGCGACGGUCCAGUACCGGUCCCGCCUCACGAAGGAGCUGGACCUGAACCAGGGAGACCUGAUCCAGGUUCUGUUUAAGGAGGAUGAGGCCUGGUGGUUCGGACGGCUGUCCAACGGAGAUGAAGGUUACUUCCCUGUGGCCUGUGUGGAGCCGCUGCAGGGCGGAGAUUCACUCAGAGCCACGCCCACACUGGUCAGGAGGGGGUCUGUGCCAGUCGUCGUGACGUCCACAGGCGCAACCUGUGGCUGCACCAGUGGUCGCAGUACUCCCAAGCUGCUGAGGAAAAACAGCAUCCGGAGGCCACCGGGACUCGAUGGACCUUCAGUGGUGGCCGGGGGGUCAGCAGCUCCUCCUCAUGGCUCCCCCAGCCUCCUCCACCGUGUCCUGGCUAAAUCCAGGAGGAAGAGCUGCCCCCACCUCCCCCAACAUCCUCUGGACACCGGCUCUGUCAACACCGCCUUCCAGCCAGACUAGACAGGAAACAGCUGACCUACAAAAAGCCCCGCCUCUUGGGAAAAGUUUAGUUUAUAGUUUCUGAUUCUGCACCUGACGUCACACACCUUCUUAGGGCGGGGGGCAGCAAUCUGAGGUUUGACCCACACCUCAAAGUUUCUGAGGUGAAGUCCCUGAGAUCAGAUCAAAGUCUGGAGAGCUCAGACUGAGCCAUGGUCCAGGUCCUGACGUCACGUCCGAGUCUCCCAGGUCAGGUCUGAGUGGAGUCUCAGGUGCCUCAGGCUACAUCCACUCUUCUACGUCUUCGUUUUGAAACACAUCUGUUUCUCUGUUUCUUCCUGUUUUAUUUUGAAAACUCUGAGGUUGUGUUUUAUUCUGAAAGCUCUGGGGUUGUAUUUAUUUUGAAAACUCUGGGGUUGUGUUGUAGUCUGGACAGAAACAGACCUUUGUAAAGGAUGAGGUCACAGCCACGGUCUCUCCUGAUUGGCUCUCCUCAGCCUGGACUACCAGUGGUGAAUACAACAUGAUGAUGAAUGACAGUGUCACUGACCUUGUUGUCUUUGCAGCUGUUGUUCACUUACAUUCUCAGUUUUAAUGCUACAACUGUCUCUGCUGUUCCUCCUUCAGAGGAGACGAUCUACUUCCUGUUUACAGCAGCUCGCACAUGCUCAGUGUAGGUGAUGGUCAUGUGAUGUGUGUUUUCAGGUGUGAUAUUGAAAUGAAAACGUAGUGGUGUGGACGUAGCCUCAGUCUGAGUCAGUGUCACUCUUUACACUCUGCUCAUUAAUUGAGUCAAAUUCAUUAGAAAUGAAACAGACACGUUCAGUCACUGACAUUUAUUGCACAUCUGAGAACUGAAAUAAAAAAUUAAUAUGUUCAUCAGUUCUCCUCAGACUCUUCAAACAUUAAUAAAGUGCUGAACUGAAAUAAAAUAAAUACAUGUGGACUGUUUGAUUAAACACUAUGAAUAAUAUUACACUUAAUAAUAAAGACACUGUGUAUAAAUCCAAAACAUUCAAAUUUUUAUCCGAUUUUCUUUUUAAGUUCAGUUUGGAUCCAAAGUGCAAAAGUUUGUUUUAAAUAUAAAGUUUGUUUUAAAUGUAAAGUUUGUUUAAAUAUAUAUUUUUUUAAAAAUAUAAAGUUUGUUUAAAUAUAAAGUUUGUUUUAAAUAUAAAGUGUCUUUGUGUCAGAAACAAAAAUUAGUAAAAUUAAUAAACAAUCAAUAAACAAUCAAUAAAUUUACGACACGUUUGUUUAAAAAAGUCAAAUUCAGUAAAAGUCUAGAAACAUUAAAAACAAUAAAAAAAUAUUUUCAUGUUUCAUGUUUUUAAAACCGUUUGAAUAAAAGUGGUAAAAAUGUU